AUGAGAAGGAAAAUCUUUGUUCCAGUAAAAUUGCACUCUGUCCCAGCUCCCACACUGACUACGUUGGACAUUGAGCAGAUUUUACUUCAAAAGACAACUGCAAAAGAAGAUGAACUUAAAAAGGCAUUUCAGACAAUUGAUACUGGUCAGAUCCUGACAGUCACAAAAGGCAAAUUCGGGAGAGUAGUAGAAACCUUUCUGUUCCCUCUUACAGAAGCACAGUUUGAUGCUGUGCUGAUUCCAAACACUGCCAAAGUUACUGUACCUUAUCUUGAGUUCCUGACAAAGUUCACUAGGAUUGCCAGAAGUGCCAGCAUGCAAAGAAGGUGGAAUAGCAGCCAAGGUUGCCAAGUGAUGACAUUAACUCAGCUGGAGUCCCUUCUAAAGGAAGAGAUUUCUAAGAAAUUGAAAAGCAUUAUCAGGACCUGUAGACUUGUUGACUAUAACCAAACAGGAAAAAUACAGCAGCAUGAGUUAAGAUGGCUGCACUCAGCCUAUCAGGACCUUGAAAAAGCCUUUAGAGCAUUUGAAGUCAGUCAGAGUGGAUUUGUGUCCUUGGAUUACUUAAAGUCAAUCAUAAAUGGUUUUAUCUUUCCAUUAUUUGAAUUUAAAGCCACAGGAAAAAAUGCCUGGCAGCAAUUUUUAGAGAAAUUCCAGGAUCCUGUGACUUCUGAAAAUGGACAGACAAUUCCUAUAAGAAAAAACCGUAGAGUAAACCCAGUGAGAAAAAUAGCUGAAGUUUUCUCAAGUGAUACUGUUUUUCUAAAGUUGUGCAGGCACAUCCAAGAUGCAUAUUCUUCACUGAAGCAGGCAUUCCUUAUGAUGGAUACGAGACGAAAUGGAAAAAUCACUAGAAACGAGCUUCAUUGCAUUUUAGAUUGUUUCCUAUUUCAAAUAAAUGAUGAGGAGUUUCGAGACCUAAUAAAGCUAAUUGAUCCAGAACACACUGGGCACCUCAGCUACCAUAAAUUUUUAGACUUGUUUGAAGAAAAGGAAUCUCUAGUGAGUGAUCAUCAAUAUUCGUCUAAGACUAUGCUUUUCUAUAAGGACUGUAGCAAAGUAUCAAGACACUUCCAAGUGUUAGAGGUUCAUGGGAUGCCAAUGGAUGACAACCAAUUUGAUCUACUAACUAAAAAAUUAGGAUUCCCAGAUGGAGGGUUGAGUUACCUCGAUUUUGUAGCUUCGUUUGAAGAGGAGGCCAUUUCUUACUUCGAACCUCGGGGUAGUCCUCAUCAGUUCCGGCCUCAGAACUUCGUUGUCUCUUCAGGCUACGUGUUCCUGCAGCGCUGCUCAAAAGUCGGUCUCUCGGCUUUGCUCGAGCUGAAAGUGUUCAUCUUCCCCCAAACGGGCGACGUCGAUCCUUUGUCCUACUUCCUCUUCGGAGGGGGGCUGUUUGGUUCCCCCACAAAACCCUCCACGGUCUUUGCACCCCUCCCACCAGCUAUCUCUUCCAGCAACUCAGGCCAGUCGCCGCCCAAUACUACUGGACCAAAACAGAUGAGAAUGGAUGCAGAACUAGCUUGUGAUCAGGCUCAUUACUACCUUGUUAUCAAACCACAAACCAGAUGGCAUGACCUAGCAAGGAACUUCCAUGAAUUUGACAGAGAAGGAAGUGGCAUUGUGAAGCCAAAGGAUUUAAGAAAUGUCUUGUACAGAUUUGCCAUUCCAAUCACCUCAACAGAAUUUGAGAAGCUUUGGACAAGCAUCUAUAAGGAAGGAAAGUCAAUGAAACUGAAGCUGCUAAGUCACUUCGCUACAAUUCAAACAUUAACUGUAAUGUCUUCCUGUGAUGAAUAUCUGAAUAUUUCAUUUGAAAAGAAUAUUUCUCUUAAAGGUAUGACACAUUCAGAAGGCUACCUUACUUGCCAAGAAUUUUUACAGAAGAUGGGGGCAGAGUUCACACCUGCUGACACUGGGCUAAGUAGCCAGAUAGCAGAAGACAACUGUGAAACCUUCAAGGCACACCUCAGUAAUCAACAGAAGAAGCAUUCAAAGAUGGAAGAACAGCAGAAACAGCAAACUCAAGCCCUUACCAUCAGUGCAAUUAAAAAGCAGAUCAAGGACAAAUUUAGGGAUUACUUCCAAAACUUCAACAAGGCCUUUUACAAGAUGGAUAAAAAUAGAGAUGGAUACAUAACAAUAGAUAACCUCUUAGGAAUCAGCAUUCAUGACAGCAAGCUCUCUUAUGUUGAUUUCCUGAGAGCCAUUGAUGAUAGCAGAGCAUCUAAAUACCAGCAGAGACAAAAGCAGGCUGCACCACCUGCAAACUACACAGAGCUCAGCUUAGAAAAGACCUUAACUAAGAUCAAAGAAAUAGUUACAUCUUCAUACAAUUUGUUAUACAAGUCACUUCCUUCUUUAUUUUCUUUGGCAUUUUCCCUGUUUGAUAUGGAGGGCACUGGGGUAGUUAAAGUGCUGGAGUUCCAUCAGGUACUUGACCAUUUCUGUUUUAAAUUAUUGAACAAACAAUUCAGGCACCUUCUCAAGAAGUUGAAGCUUUGUGAACUGCACACAGCAGAUUGGAAAAUUUUCUUGUAUAAUAUUCACUUCCUCUCAGAGAGUGAGGAAUGGCAGAAAAUCAUUCAGUCUAAAUCUUCUCAGGAGGUGUCGAAGAAAGAUAUCCUUAUCCGGGUCCAUGAAGUAGUGACUGCUUGCUUUAACACCAUUUCACAAGAGUUUAAAGAUAUUGAUUGUACAAAAGAAAAUACAAUAUCAAAGGAGGACUUCAGGGGGGUUUGUAACCAGCAUUUUCUGCUUCUAACUGACAAACAAUUUGAAAACCUCUGGAACACAGUGCCUGUCAAUGCUGAUGGGAAAUUAAAGUACCGUGACUUUUUGAAGACAUUCAAUGCUGAAGCAGUGACAAUGCCAUCAGACACUCUAGAUGCAAAUAAUCCUGGAUCUGCCUCCAACUGUAGUACCCCUGCAGAGCCUGGGUCACAGUUAUCUUCUCAGCCUUCAUGCCCCAAAACAGCAUCUUCAGCUUUUGGUCAAAGCAAAGCUCCAAUGUCCAGCCGACCUCAUACAGCAGUGGCACGGUCCCCACCUUUGCUGAACUGUGAACCAAUAGAAAAUAAGAUAAGAAAGAAUAUUCAGCAUUCCUGGAGAGAAAUAUUGAAAGAAUGCAAAGAAAAGGAUGUCAGUCAGCUAGGAGAAAUCCCAGUGUCUGAUUUCUCAGCUAUAGCAGAGAAGUUCAAUUUGGAUUUAAGUAAAGAAGAAUUUAGCCAAAUAACAACAAAAUAUGACAUUAAGAACAAUGGAAAAUUUGCAUAUUAUGAUUUCCUUUGAUGUUGUGUCCUGUCAUUGAAACCUCAAGGAAGUUCAGUGUUACAAAGGAUGGUUGUUCAGAAGUCACGGGAACCGAGGAGUCCUGGACCACUGAGUCUGACAUUUUUUAAGACAAUGCUAAAAAUUCAGCCCCAGAUCUUGUACUGUUGGAGACCAAUGAGACAAUCUUUUAAAUCCUAUGACAAAAGUGGAACUGGACUGUUAAACAUUCAGGAUUUCAAACAGGUUCUACGUGAGUAUAGUGUCAACCUGUCUGAAGAAGAGUUUUUCCACAUUUUGGAAUUUUAUGAUAAAGCCUUAACAUCAAAAGUAUCCUAUAAUGAUUUCCUUCGGGCAUUCCUAAAGUAGAAAAUGGAAGGGGUCAUCAAGUGCAAGAAACUGCAGCUAACAGAGAUAGUAACUGAUUUAUACAUUUUGAUUGCCAAUCAAUAAAUUGAUCGAGCA